GCCAGCAGUUUUUGUGUCCUCAGAUGAGAACUCCCAGAAUUGGUGGGAAGACAAAAUAACACCCCACCCAUCCCGAGAACCAUGUCGGUCACUCUGAGCAAUGUCUCGUCAAACGGGACGAGCCACCACGGGAUUAUGGAUAUACCCAAAGGGCAGAAGCCUUUGAAUCUCUUCCUUUUCUGCUUGACUUUUAUCAUCACGUUCACUGCCCUCUUGGGCAGCAUCUAUUCGCUGGUGUCUCUGCUGAGGAUGCAGAGCAAAAGUACUGUAUCCAUGCUGGUGACUUCUUUGACGGUGGACGAUCUGAUCAGUGUGGCGCCAGCGGCAAUCUUCAUGCUCAAGCAUUGGUUGGAUGAGAUGCUCCCCCAGACCUUGUGCACAGCUUCGGCUCUGCUGUACUUAUUCCAGGGCUUUUCCAGCAACCUGAUGGGGUCGCUCAUAGUUUCUUAUAACUUCUACAGCCUUAGCAAGAUGGGAGCCAGCCAAGGGGCCACCAAGAGGCCGGUCAGCAUGGUCUGGGCCGUUCUCACUAUCUGGAUUGUCAGCCUACUGAUCUGUAUUUUACCUCUUUGCGGCUGGGGUAGCUAUGCCUCCACCCCUUGGGGGUGCCUGACAGACUGCACAAGCUCUUACGUUUUAUUUCUCUUUAUCGUCUACUCGCUGUGCUUCUGCCUCCUCCUCGUGCUCUCCAUCCCUUUAAUUUAUCAGCUGCUGUGUUCAGACGAGCAGCAGCAUCUGUACGAUGAUUAUCACCAAAUUGCCCGAUGCUAUUUCUCCCCUGGGUCACCUCCGACUGGCGGUCGUCACACCCCUUCCCUCUCUCCGGAAGACACCGUGAGCAAAACCUCGAAGCAUUUCCAAGGCGCUUGUCCAAAUGCUGACCUCAAAGUUAGGCAAAGCCCAGUGGACCAUUAUGGACUGGAUCGCUAUGGCAUGCAAGAGGGGCCCUACAACAGCCGAACCCUCACUGUGGAAUUUGCUCAGAAGCGCUUUUCCCUGAUUCUGGCACUGACCAAAGUCACACUUUGGCUCCCAAUGAUGAUUCAAAUGGUUGUUCAACACACUGUUGGGUUUCAAAGCCUUUCUUUUGAGAUAUUCAGCUUUCUGCUAACGCUGCUAGCCGUUACUGUCACCCCAGUAUUUGUCUUGUCAGAACACUGGAGUCACCUGCCUUGCGGCUGCAUCAUCAACUGCAGAAGGAAUGUCUACACUGUAUCCUCAGAGGAAGGCAAAACCAAAAGAAGAGGCUUUGAAUUCAAUCUGUCAUUCCAACAAGGUUAUGGAAUCUAUAAGAUAUCUCAUGACAACCAUCACAGUGACGAUGGCAACUCUAUAUCAUACCACAGCUUGCUCAACUAUGACUGCGAGAAUAUAAGAGAGACUCAAAAGGACUGCAACAGAAUUGAGUUCAGCACCAUCUCCCUGGAGGACAGCUCCCUGCUUAAAGAGAGCGCCAACUGCAAAAAAACUGUUGGCACAGACACCAAACAAGACCUUAACAAGGAUAAGUUCAUGGAUUGCCUGCUUUCUGACAAAAUGGGAACGUAUAAAAAAGAAGAGGUCAGGAAUAUUGAGAAGUGUGCUUUCUUUGAAGAGAAGGAAAGAAGGCUUUCUCAUGAGGAGUGCCGAAAACCAGAACUCUCUGACUGGGAGUGGUGCAGAAGUAAGUCGGAAAGGACCCCACGGCAGCGUUCAGGUGGCUCCUUAGCAAUUCCUUUGUGCGCAUUUCAAGGAACCGUAUCUCUCCAUGCGCCUACAGGAAAAACCCUCUCUUUAUCUACAUAUGAGGUAAGCACGGAGGGACAGAAAAUAACUCCCACAUCAAAGAAAAUUGAAGUGUAUCGCUCCAAGAGUGUGGGUCAUGAGCCAAACCCUGAGGAUUCUCCAACCACAUUUGCUGAUACAAGCGUCAAGAUCCAUUUAGAAGUGCUUGAAAUUUGUGACAACGAAGAGGCUAUGGACACAGUGUCAAUCAUCAGCAACAUCAGCCAGUCAUCAACCCAAGUCCGGUCUCCAUCCUUGCGCUAUUCUCGGAAAGAGAACAGAUUUGUCUCGUGCGAUUUAGGGGAAACGGCUUCCUAUUCGCUCUUCAUACCAUCAAACAAUCCCAACAACGAUAUUAACAUAUCGAUCCCCGACACUGUGGAAGCACACAGGCAGAAUAGUAAAAAGCAACACAUGGAGAAAGAAGGUUAUCAAGAGGAGAUACAAAUGUUAAACAAAGCAUACAGAAAAAGAGAAGAAAGCGGUGCCAGCAACUAAAAUAAACAGUUUACUUCAGACCUGAAUAAUUUGGGUUUUCUGAGUCAAUACAUUCUGUUCUCUUUUUUUGCUUGGACAUGAAAUCAGAGUUAAGGAUAUUGGUGUGGCCAUGGAAAACAUCAGCACAUUUAAGAUAGAAAUCAAGUUAUAAUGCUGCAAGGGUCACAAUCCUGCAUAUCAUUUUAGCAGGAUUUAAGCAGCCUAAUUGUGUGCAGAAUUGUAGUCAAAGCUUUUAAAGCAGCUCUAAUGGGCUACCAGGGAAGGGAGGAGAUAAUGUUUUUUUCUAACAAUACUUUAUUGCAUUUGUUUUGGUUUUCAGUAAUGAGCUACCUACCUUUGG